UUCUAUUCUAAUGAUGCUACUAUUAAGCAUUAAAAUAAGGUAUUCUACUAGUAAUGCCUACAGGAAGCUUUAAUUAAAGGUUGCUAGCUCAUGCUAAUAUAUUAUAUGCAGCUGAAUUUAUUUGUAAUUAUUUCUUAAAAGAUUCUGCUGUUAUAAUGCAUCCUAAAUGAAAUGUAGAAUAGUGCAAGUUCAGCAUUGACCUACAAACUUCUAGACUAGUGUUUCUUGGCCUCAAUUACAUUAAGUUGAGUGGACUUCAACUUCUAGCAAUUCUGGGAGUUAAAGUCCACAUUUCUUAAACUACCAGUAAGUAAGGUUGAGAAAUGCUGCUCUAGACAAGGAAGUUUAGUUCAUAAGAGGGCUAUGUCAACAACAGUGUUAAGAAUUUAGAACGCCUUCCCAGAAAGCUCUUAAAGCCUUUGGCAUUUAAUUUUCUAUUCAGACAAGCAGUGAAUGUUACAGUUUAUGCAGUCUCUUUUAGAAACUUGAUUUCAUCAUUUAACUCUUGUUACCUUCUUUUUUAGUUUCUUGAAAAUAUAUUAUUGUAUUGGUUUUGUAAGCUACCUUCAGUAUUUUUAUAAGAAUAGAAUAGAAUAGAAUAGAAUAGAAUAGAAUAGAAUAGAAUAGAAUAGAAUAGAAUAGAAUUCUUUAUUGGCAAGUGUGAUUGGCCACACAAAGAAUUUGUCUCUGGUCCAUAAGCUCUCAGUGUACAUACCAAACAAGUGAUAAAUCAUUAUCAUAAUCAUAAAAUACAAUCAUAAAUCAUAAGAUACAACACUCAGUUAUAGUCAUUGGAUACUAAAUAAGCAAUCGACAUAAAUUGUAAGAUACAAACAAUAUAGUUAUAGUCAUAAGAAACCAAGAAAAUAGGUAAUAGAAAGAUGAGAAGGAUAAUAGUGACAGUAGUCCUUGACUUACAACAGUUCAUUUAGUGGCCAUUCAAAGUUAUAACGGCACUGAAAAAAGUCAUUUAAGACACAGUAACAACCAUUGCAGCAUCCCCAUGGUCUGUGAUCAAAAUUCAGACAGUUAGCAACAACAAAUAUUUCAAUUAGCAACAGAAAUGUUGGGCUCAAUUGUGGUCGUAAGUUGAGGACUAUGUGUAAUGCAGCCCUGCUAGGUGGUUUGACACCCCAGAGCAUAAGACAAUGUUGUGGGAAAUAGUUGUUUAGCAGAGUGAAGGCAUGGGGAGGUGGAACUGUCCUUGAGUCUAAUUGUUUUGGUAUGCAAUGCCCUAUAGCAUCGUCUUGAUGGAGGAAGAAAAACCCAAAUAUAACUGAAAUAAUAACUUGCUGUUUGUUAUUAUUACAGCUUGCAAUAAAAUUUAAAAAAAUAUUAAACAAAUAUAUAUUAAAAAAGCAAAUCCAUACAAGUGAUACAAAAUAAUUCCAAAAUAAAAAAGAUGAGAAGAUUUUUAAAACGUUUUUGUUUAGUACCAGAAAACCAUCACAGUAAGGACUAUCAGCUUCCAAGCGGAGACCUUUUCCAAAUUGCUAUCCUUCUGAUCGCAGGACAACUCAGAAAUCAGCUUAGGUAUGAAGUAUCUAUUUUACUCAGUAAAGGCUCUUUUCUAAGUGAAAUAGAUUCUUCAUAACUAAGUUGAUUCUUUAGGUAAAUACUUACAAUGACAUAGUCCCAGAGCUUUUGGUCACUAAUUGCCAUUCAAAAUAUAAAUGGUAACUAGAUGGUUAGCCGCAUCUUCUUUGUUGCUGGCAAAAAAACUGUAUUGUCUACCAUACUGAAAUGCAAAAAGCUAACAUGGGGAAACUAAAUAAACCGCAUAGUAAACAUAGACUCAUCCUUUAAUGCUUCAUUGCCAUUGUCCUGUUGUGGUCUCCAGCAUCCAAACCAGAAUAAUAUAUUCCAAAGGAUCUGGCAACUUAAAGUAUUACUAUGAAAGAACGAAUGAAUUCUUCAUUACAGGUAUUCCUUGGUUAAUGACAGCAAUUGGGAUAGGAGUUUCCAUCACUACAUGAGGUGAUUGUAAAGCAUGUCAUGUGCUUAGUAUUUAGUAACAAUUAUUUGGCAUUUCCAGUUGCCAUCAUUAAGCGAAUCCCACACCACUGUUAAAUUAGAACCUUACAUGGUCGCAUUUGGCCACAAUCUCCUGCCAGCUUCCCCAUUGACUUUGCUUAUAGGAAAUUGUCAAAAAUGUUCCAUGCAUGGAGUCCUAGGGCAGCACAUGGAAAAUAUUAUAUCAAACCUGACAGAAGGACUUUGUAGUGUUUGAUUAGAUUGAAACUCUAGGGCAUGACUAAAUUCAACUCAUUUUGUCUUAUUCGGGAUUCCUGCUUCAGUAGAAUUCAGCUUUCAUCACUGCUCAUGGAUAGAUCAGGCUAUAAGAUCAGCAGUGAAAGAAAGUGAGAAAAGGUGGAACAAGGAGUAAUUUGAAAAAUAUGAUUACAGAUAUUUAAUCAUUAUUCCCAUCAGAAACCAAGUGUAAAGGAUGUAGGCUAAAGCCAUUCACAUAUAAGAGUUUUGAAAAUGGAUUUUAAAAGGAGAGAGAUAACAUUAACCAAACAGAAAAGAUUAACAAAAUAUAGCUAUUCUUGCUUUAUAAAAUCUCUCCUUAAAAGAUCAUCAGGGUACUGGUAAUGAGAGAAAAUGAAAAUACUGCCAGAUUUGCCAGAAAGAAGAAAAAAAGAUUGUGGAUGAAAUGUUAGCAUUUGGCCACAAGAGGACACUGGUUUAAAUCAAACCUGUAAUGGGAAAUCUUGCUGAAAAAGAGAACUAACAACAACAAAAAAGAGAUUUUGUUACAAUAAUGAUUAAAAAUAAUCCAGUAACAACAAGCUCUUUUAUCAGCUUUCCUUUUGAUGAAAACAGCCUUUCCUCCUAAUUAAAAAAAUCUGCUUUCAGAAAUAAAAGAUGAGAUUAAGACAUAUUAGUUUGUUGCGUUUUAAUACUCUAAGAUUACUUCAGUUCUAGUUCUUUUUUUAAUUAUUUGCUAAUGUGGAAUGUGGCAUUUUGCUGGUUUACUGUGAGUCAAAACAGAAAGAUGGGAGAGAGCUGAGAAGAAGCUGAAAACUCCUUUUCAAGUUUGUAAAAUAAAUGGCAAACUGAAAUCAGCAUGUGCUAUAUGAAUAUUCGUCAUAACACAGGGUAUAUAUGAGCCAGUUUGGUAUAAUGUGAAGGCAUCAUACUAGUAACUGGGACACUGCAACUUCCAAUCCUGCCUUAGGCACAAAGCCAGUUGGGUGACCUUGGACUUUCUCUCAGCCCUAGGAAGGAGGCAAUGGCCAAUUACUUCUGAAAUCUUGCCAAACUGCAGGGACCUGACCAGGCAGAAGUCAACCAAAGAUGCCAAAGAUGAGCAUGUGCAUGCACACACCACACACACAACUUUUACAGCACCAAACAUCAGCCUCUGAACAGCAUGUUGGGCAGGGAAAUGAAGAAAUAUUUUUAAAUGGGUGAGAAAUUAAGUUAGACAUGCAAACAUUCUUAAAAUAACAUUUUCCCUUCACAUCUCAAUUCAUCUCCAAGUUUAAAAUAAAUUAAGAUGUGAGCUCAAAAACCUGAAUGCAAAAUCUAAUGUUUAAACACAGAGUUUUCAAACUAAGAGAGGGUUGAAGGGUGAGGCAAAGGGAGAUGGUGGUGGAAGUAGCAGCAACAGGAGGCUUUGUGGCUGGAGAUAACAGAGCUAGGAAGACUCUAGGGACAACAGUUGACUCUCAUAGACAGCCUCUAGGCUGUAGAUUUACACCUUUAUCAUAAAAUAAUGUUUUGAUAUGUGCGUGAAGGCAACCUCUAGCCCUCCAGUUGAGCAUGGGUUCAUCUACAUGUAAACUAAAGUGAAUAAGAUGUUAUAUGCUGCAAUUCUGUUGCCAGCUCCAAUUAUAUGCAAUCUCAUCCCAGUCAUAUUUGUUCAUUCAUUGAAAAUAUUGCAAAAUGGGGUACUCCAGCUUGCCAGGUAAGGCUUUUAAAAAUAGUAGUAAUUUAAUACUUGUGUAUUCAAUCCAACUCUCAAUGACACUGGACAGCUCAGAACAAUUUAAAAAAUUACAAUAAAACCAAUACAACAUAAAAGAAAAAAUGAUGGCAAGUGUGACACAUCAAAUAGAAUGAAAUUAGAGGCCUCCCUCUCUUUUGCCAGGAUACUUCAUUUGUGUCUUUUUUCCCAUCUCAACAAUCCACCAAUAUGCCUUGGUCAGUGAAAAAUAAGUUGUACUUGAGCUGGUGAUAGAUUACCUCUUUCAGAUAUGGUCUUUUUAUGCCAUUGUUUAUUCAGAUUAUAUUUAUUACUUGAAAUUCUUCUGUGUUUCAUUUAAUGACAAUCAUCAAAAGAAAAUGUAACAAUAGUACCUGACCAUGACAAAGGACAGAAGUCAGUGUCUUGCAUCCACAGAUCAUGCCUACCAUGCUCCAAAGUAAAGACUAAAUUUGAUGGUAUGUCCAUUUACAGGUAAUCUUGAGCAGACCAGAAUUUUCACUGUAAGUCAGUGGAAAACCCUGCUCAAAACUCACAUUUUUCAUAUAUCAUUUGACUGUUUGAAGAGAGCUGUUUUGGACUGUAAGGAGUUCAGGGCAGGGAUCUAAGUGUUUUUCCUUCCUUUUCCCCCACAUUAUUAUGUAAAGAAAGUCUUCAUUGUCGCUCAAAAGAAAAAACAUAACUGGACAUGAAACAAAACAUUGGAUUGUUUCCUUCCUUUUCUGCAAUCCUUUAGCAUGUGAUUGCCUCAUUUUUAGAAAAUCACUUAAGUGUACCUAAAAUUAUGUUAGCAAUACCCCAUAUACCAUAUACUUUUGAAGUCAUUCAAUAUGAAGCUCUAGAUUAAAAACAACAUAACUCAUGCUCUUUGAUGCAAAUGAGGCCAAAUUGGGAGCAAAAAGAGAGACUUUAACAUUCAGAAAUAGGAGAUGAAUAGCACAUGAUUAGAUGGACAUUGCUUGCUCUAUUAUUAAAAAUAAAUCAGUUCUUUUGUUCUGAUGAACCUUCUGCUCUAUUUGCAAGGAAUUACAUUAGCAACAGAAACUGUAAGAAUCUGUCCAAACAAAUUAAAUAAAGCUAGGCAAUAAAAUAAUAAAGGCCUAUUUAAAACCUCAUUUGGACAACAGCAAACAAAAUCCUGUAUUUUUCAGUUAUAAGAAGCAGCUAAAAACUAAUCACAGCUUUAAACUGUGAUUCAGUGUAUUAAUCCAAUUAAAUUUUCUGCAGCAGCUAAAUUAUUUAUAGAUUUAGAAUAUGCAUACAUAAUAAUCUGUAAACUGUAAUCUUGAUACUCAGGUAGAAAUCAGUAUUUCUCAAAUUUCCAAUGGCAAAGGAACAUUAUUUUCCAGAAAUAAUAUAUGCACAUACAUUACAAUUCGAAGAUUGUUUCAUGCACUGCAAUAGCAUAUUUCUGGAAAAAAAGCUAUAUUAAUUUUCAGACCAUAAUUGCUAAUUCUGAUUGUCACAUUUUAAGAACAUGUAAAAUUGGAGUGAGCCUAAAGAAUAAACUGGGAAAAAUGAUGCAUGGAAAUUACAUUCUUCAAGAAGCAAUAGAUAAAAGCGGAUAUUUUUAGCUUGAAGAGAAAAGGAAUGCAAUAAAUUGUUUUCAAAUCUAUUCAUUGGUGACUAUAUGGCAAGCCAGAGUUGUAGUUGCAAGUACUCUGCCCGAGGUAUUUUCAACCUCUAAAAUUUUGUAAUUCCAAGUAAUACUACCAGAUCAGGGAUGCAAAGAUAGCACCACAUUUUUCUUGCUUUGUCUUUUUGUUGUCAUCCUGUAAUCAUCUAGAUUUUUGCAGCUGACAUUCGAUAGCCUAAUCAUGCCCAUUUUGUGAGACAUGGCUAUAGGUAUAGUUCUAAUUAGAUGGAGGCAGCUAUCAACAUUGGUUCAUUUAGAAAGGCAACUGGAGAAGAGCCAUCUAGAAGGACAGAUAAUUUUGCUGCCUUUUUAAUUUAGUUGCAGAAGAAUCAGUCAGCUGAGGCUGCAGUACAAGCAGGUCAUGCAGAAAGACAAACAACCCAAACCUAUCUUAACCACUGCUGUAUUUCCCAUACAAUAUCACUUGAAAAUCAUAUUGCAAUGUAUAAUAUUAAUUUGACACAUCUAAUAAGUACCCUUUAAUGAGAGUUAGUGCCAGAACUAUUUCCUGGGAUGCAAUGCUCCAAACUGACCACAAGAUGGUACAUUUCGCUAUACUCUUAUGAACUGCAUUUUCUUUUGUAUAUUUCUUUUAAAAAGCUAUUUUAUUGCCAUCUAGUCUUGGAAUUUAUCCUCUUCCUCUUUGAGUGUUUGCAUUUUGAAACUUACCAUUUUUAACUUUAAACUUCUGUAACGUAUUUUUUAAAAAGUUUGAGUAGGUUCUAGUAAGAUUGGUAUAUUUCCCAUAGAAGAAAAGUUCAACUAUCUAACCAUAAGGUUCCAGUAUUGAAACUAUUUUGAACUUUUACUUUUUAAUUGCCAGUACAGUAAGGCAGACUCAGGGGGACAGUGGAGGAUGGGGUGGGGGCUGGCAUGCUGUGGUCCAUUGCAGGGCUGUCUCAUGCACUGGAUUUAUGAGGUGGAUGUUACGUGAAAUAUGUCCCAGAAAAUAGGUAGUGAUAGUGGAACUACUACUCCAAAGAAGAAAGCAGGGUUAGAGUUGUGAAGAUCCAGAAAAGAUGCUGAGAUCUACUACCUUCACCCAGUAUGAGUUCACCUGUCCAAUUGCAAUGUGAGAUAAAUGUGAGAUAAGUUACAGAGUGUUUGAGUUUCAUUACUGCAGCUAAAGUUGGUGCCCCAGGGAGAAGCAGAGAAAUUAAAUAAAACUACUGAAUCUAAAGCUGAAGAAGCUUCUUGGAUGAGAAGCGAAAGGUCUUCAAAGAAAAACCAGAAAAGGCCAGUUGCCUCUUGAAAAAGACCAUCACCUGGAUGACUUGAGAAUCUCCAUAGACCUUUUACUGAAUCUAAACGGAGCCUAAACUUUUUCACAUUAACACACUACGUGCCGCAUGACUUUUGUUUACACCGAACUAAAACAAGCACAUAAAAGGUGGUGUUCGUGCAGACCCUCUUUAUGUAGAUUUCUGAUAAGAUUCAGCGGACAAAGAUCCGCAAAACGUCAGAAAAUUCCCCACGGGGCAACCUUGCAGGUUGCCGCUCACUUCCUAGGAGUAGAGGCGGCCGGACUCAAGGCUACAUACAUUUGAGGCGGCAUCUGCAGGACCGCAAUGCAAGUAGCCUUCAAAGCGCCACGCACAGCCGUCUUCCCGGGGUUCCGGAUUUCUGGAAUUUCUCCGGGAGGAAAGCGAGCGCCUAAGACCCGGCGAGCCUAAAGGGGAAGAGGCGGCUGAAGGCAGGCAAAGGAGACAUUUCCCUGCUCGGCUCUAACCACGUCCUUUCUCCAACUUCCGAGACAACAGGCCAUCAAGCCAAACCUCCCACGCCGCUUUCUCGCUCCUGCAGGGGAAGCGGGCAGGCCGGAGCACGGCUGGCCGCGGAUGGGCGAGCGGGGGGCACGGCUGCGUUGAGGGGAGGAGGGGAAAACGCAGAAAAAUGAUAUUCAGCCAAAAUUUGAGAAAAUAAUUAUGGGCCCAGAUGUGCCUCUAUUGAAUGACCACAAGCAAGAAUUCCUGUUAAAGCGAUUUCCACAGACCAUUUUGGGUGGACCUCAAUUUAAGUUAGGCUACUGUGCACCUUCUUACAUCUAUUUGAAUCAGAUUCUUCUCUUCUUGAUACCAUGGAUUCUAGGUGGAAUUGGGACACUUCUAUAUCAGUUAAAUGUUCUGCAAGACUAUUGCACAGCUGCACUUUCUGGAGGACUAAUGCUUGUUGCAGCUAUUAUUGUUCAAGGAAUAAACUUGUAUGCCAGGCAAAAAACUGCACCUGUAGAAAGAAUACAUGUCCACAAUAUACUAAUAGAGGAAGAUGAGUGGGAGUUUUCUAGCUGUAUAGGUUUAGAGACAAUCAAAUUUAUUAUUCCAGGCAAAAAAUAUAUAAUUAAUAUGUUUUUUCACUCACUUGUUGCUGGAGUACUAUGUGGCUUAGGAACUUGGUAUUUGCUGCCCAGCAGAAUUGCCUCUUUGUACGGAGAUAAUAUUGGAACAACCGUGGUGAUCUUCAUAUUUGGAUGGUUGACAGUGUGUAUUGGAGAAUAUUCCUUAAUUGUUAAUACCGCUUCAGAGACGGCUACUUAUCAAGCACUGGAUACUUAUGAAAUUGUUCCUCUUAUGAGACCAUUCUACAUUUUUGUCUUCAUAGCAGUGGAUCUUGCUCAUAGAUUUGCUGAUGUUGCAGCUUUAAAGUUGGUCAAUCAGGUUAUGCACAUCAUAUUUUUGUCGUUGCCUCUCUUAUGGACUUUGGGGAUUCUGCCUCCACUGGAUGCACUUUUCCUUUGGGGAAUGGAACAAGUGCUGGAACUUGGGCUAGGGGGCUCACCUAUGUCAAGUAAUGUAAGACUGCUAGCAAUGUUUAUCAUUUCUUUGGGAACAGCUAUUGCAUCUUACUUCAUCCCUAACACACUUGGUGUGGUUCUAUUCAUGACUGGAUGUGGAUUUAUACUAAGUCUUAAUCUAAAUGAGAUUGGAUUAACCUUCAAAUACACUAUGAUCAGCUUUUUAGCUUCCAGCAAAUUUAAAAACACGUCUUCCUAUAAAACACAAUUUGUGUGGAAGGAAUUAAUGUUCUAUUUCAUUGUAUUGACUUUUGCUCUUCUGGAAGCUGGCUUAUUGCACUUCUUCCUUGGUUUUCAGACAUUUUCCAAGACUAGUCUACAAAGUGUUAUUAGUUACAUAUUGAUAGUAUUGCUUCUUGCUCUAUGGAUUCUCAGAGAGAUUCAAACAGUGUAUUUGUUUGGAUUGUUCCAAAAUCCCUUUUAUCCAAAAGACCUAAUGACAAUGAAUGUAUCCGGAAGGAAAGAAAAGAACCUCAAGAAAAUUGGUAUGUUAAGAAAGAUUUUACUCACUUUAGUUUCACCGUUUGCUAUGAUAGCAUUUCUUUCCAUAGACAAUUCUCUACAUCAUCUUUCAUCCAUAUAUAUUUCCAUUGGAUUUUCAAGAAGCUUUAGAAUGGUGUGGCAAGAUACGGAGCAUGCUCUGUUGGAUAUGGUGGUAGUGUCUGCAGUGCAGUUGCUGGUGUUCCCUACUGAUCUCUGGUGGAACAAAAGCAUUGAUACAGGAAUUAGACUCUUGCUGGUUGGAAUUAUUCGGAGUCGGCUGUUUCAAUUUGUUUCAAAAUUGCAAUUUGCCAUUACUGUUCUCUUGACAUCGUGGACAGAAAAAAAACAACGCCGGAAAUCCACAGCUACUCUGAUUACACUGAACAUUGCUUUCUUUCCAAUUGUAUUGGCCAUUAUAGUGCUCUCUUCAUUGCUUUCUUCUCCCUUGCUAUCACUUUUUAGUCUCCCAAUAUUUUUGAUAGGCUUUCCAAGACCAGUCCGAAGCUGGCCAGGACCUGUGGGCAUGAUGGCCUGCAUAGGUCCUGAUGCUGUAUAUUAUCAACAGAUGAUUCCAAGUUUAAGGACAGCAUUGCAGUCAGCAUUCUCAACAGGCAGGUUAGGUUUCUGUUCAUCUGGAUCCCACUAUUUGUGCCGAUUUCAAGACAGAUUAAUAUGGAUCCUUGUUUUAGAAAGAGGCUAUACUUACUGUUGUCUCAAUAUCAAGGGUUUAGAGUUGCAGGAAACCUCCUGUCAUACUGCUGAAGCUCACAGAGUUGAUGAUAUCUUUGCGACGGCCUUUGAACAUCAGGAACAUAAGAUGUUCUCCUUCAACCCUCAUUUUGGAAAUAUUUUAACACCUUGUGCUGUUCUUCCUGUAAAACUCUACUCAGAUGCCAGAAAUACCUUAUCUGGAAUAAUUGAUUCCCCUGAAAAUCGGAAGCAGUUGAAAGAAGACUUCCUAAAAGUACUCUUAUGGAUGCUAAUCCAGUAUUGUUAUAAGAAAUCAAAAACACCUAGACCUCUUGAAAAGAUAUCUAAACCACAACAGGAGUAUUCUUCAGCAGGACCGUCUGAAGUUUUAAAUAAGGCAGUAGAAAGACCAGAUUCAUGGAAAGAUGAAGAUGGACUCAGUGUGGAAUCUACAGAAGAGUGGACUGAUGACAGCAAUCUCUUUGAUGAUGAACCUAGCAAAAAAACAUUAAAAACAAAUGUCCCAGUACCACAAGAUGGUUCCCCAAGACCUUUCUAUUCUCUUCCAGGCUCAGUAGAAAUACAUACCACAAAUGAUGAAGUACUUGAAGUAGCCAGUGUGAAUAAACUCUAUAAAACUGUUGUUCUUGGUCUUCCUGUUGUAGAUGUUGGAAAACACUGGGGAAAUAUGGGUUCAUCCCCUAUUAAAUUCAGUAACUUCUAUUCUGAGUUGUUAAGCAUUCCUGAAGAAUGGAGAACUGCACCAUUAUCAGCUGCCAAAUUAAAUCAGAUGAAGCAGAAGUUUCCAAUAGAGUGGUAUCAUUUUUUACUUGGCCAGCUAGACCUAUUUCAUUUGAAAGAAAAUCCUUCGAAUUUACUCAAAGAUCUUUUUAAAGACACUGCUUUGAAGGAUUUGUAUGUCCAGAGUGCCUUAUCCUGUUAUAUUGCAAUGUUUGGAUUAGAUGAUACUAUUGUUUCUCCUGGUCAUAUUUUCAGAGCCUACAAUGGAAACCUUCCAUGGUCAAUCUGUUUGGACUGGUUAAUAGGAAAACAAGAGUUAUAUCAAUUAACACUAAAAACAUUCAGUGUGAUUGGACACACAAAGAAUUUGUCUUGGUGCAUAUGCUCUCAAGAAAAGAUACGUUCAUCAAGAUAUACAGUGAAGCUUAUGGUUGAUAAAGCAAGCCUGGGUCCAGUUGAAGACUUUCAAGAGCUGCUAAACUACCUUGAAGAAUAUGAAAAUGACUGGUAUAUUGGUUUAGUGUCCGAAAAGGAAUGGCCACAAGCUGUUUUACAAGAAAUGCCGUACCUUUUUUCUUUGGGGCAUGACCCAAAUAUGGGAGUUUAUACUGGCAGGAUACUCACGCUUCAGGAAUUCCUAGUACAAGUGGGAAAACUGAAUGAUGAAGCUGUCAGAGGACAAUGGGGGAACCUCUCCUGGGAGCUGCUAUAUGCCACAAAUGAUGAUGAGGAACGCUACAGCAUCCAAGCACACCCCGUACUCCUGAGGAACCUGACCAUACAAGCAGCAGAUCCUCCCCUUGGCUAUCCUGUUUAUACCUCCGAACCUCUUCAUCUGACUUUCUUGUAGUUCCCAGAAUGAAA